AUGGGAGUGUUCAGCGUUUCGGGCAAACUGUUGACGGCGAUACUGCUCGCGGGCAACACGCUGCUGUUGCUGUUUAUCGUGUUUUCGGGGUCGAUCGAGUCCUCGCCGAUCGACCGGCUGUACUGGCUGCGGGCGCAGACCGACGGGUUCAACGGGGCGUUCGGGUGGUCGAAGUGGACGUUCUGGGGCUUGUGCAACGGGGAGGGCGCGCACAACCGCGAGUGCGGGCGGAUGUCGCCCGCGUACCCACUGUCGCCCGCGGACAACUUUGGAGGGGUCCUGCCGGCGCGGUUCGUGGAGGAUCAGGACACGUUCUUCUACCUGUCGCGCUUUGCGUUCUGCUUCUUCUGGAUCGCGCUGUCGUUCAUUGCGAUUGCGUUUUUGUUCUGUGUGUUCACGUGGUGCUCGUACUCGUUCACCAAGGUGGUGUUCACCAUGGUGCUGAUCGGGUGCGUGUUCAACGUAGCGGCAGUGGCGUGCCAGACGGCGGUUGUUGUGAUGGCGCGCAACGUGUUCCGCGACGACGGGCGCGAGGCGAAGAUCGGGCCGGAGCUGAUGGGGAUUGCGUGGGCCAGUGUGGCGUGCUCGCUGCUGGUCUUCUUCUUCAGCGGGAUCUCCUUCAUCCGCCGCGCGUGGACCGCACACAAGGAGUACGUUGAGAUGCAGCACUACAAGGAGCAGGCGCUCAAGUACCAGGGCACCAAGCACGGGAGCGAUGGCCAGAUGGACCACUCGAUUGUGUACGACACGAACCCCGAGCUUGAGGGCGGCGCUGUGCCCGUCAAUGACGUGCGCCCGGUGCAGGCCCCUGUCGCAGAGCCUCAGCGGCACCAGAGCGGUGUGAAGUUUUUCAAGAUUAGGAAAACUAAGAACACUGUGGAUGACGAAUCCCUCUAA